AUGGUGGUCGCCAAGGCUUCUUCUCCUUCUGCUCCUUCCGUCAACAAAAAUGGCUUCCCUUGUUUCAACAAUGGUUCAACAAUGCCCCUCUCGCCCAACUCUAUCAUCAAUCUUGAUAAGGGUGAUCCAUUGAUAUACGAGUCAUACUGGAAGAAGAUGAGUGAUGAAUGUACGGUGGUGAUUAAAGGAUGGGACUUGAUGAGUUACUUGAGUGAUCCAAGCAAUGUGUGUUGGUUCAUGUUACCAGAACUUAGAGAUGGCAUUGAAAGGCUUCACAAUGUGGUUGGCAAUGCUGUCACAAAAGAUAAGCACAUAGUGGUCGGGAAUGGCACCACCCAGCUCUUUCAAGCUGCUUUGUAUGCUCUCUCUUCCCCACAGGAUCCUCACCCUAUCAACGUGGUGGCUGCUGCUCCUUAUUACUCGGAAUACCAAGAUGAGGUUUGUGUUGUGCGUUCAGGGCUGUAUCAAUGGGAUGGUGAUGCUGCUAUGUAUGAUAAAAAUGAACCUUACAUAGAGGUGGUGACAUCCCCAAACAACCCUGAUGGGACACUCAGGGGACCUGUGGUGAAAUCUGAAGCUAAGGGAAAACUGGUUUAUGACUUUGCCUAUUACUGGCCACAGUACACUCCAAUUACUCACCAGGCUGACCAUGAUAUUAUGCUCUUCACAUUCUCCAAAUGCACUGGUCAUGCUGGUUCCCGUAUUGGGUGGGCUAUCGUGAAGGACAUUGAAGUUGCUAAGAAGAUGACCACAUUCGUGCAGAUGAGCUCCAUUGGCGUGUCAAAAGAAUCCCAAACUCGAGUUGCUAAGAUCAUUGGAGUGAUUUGCAAUAGUUACCAGAAUUUUGGGUCCAUGGAAUCUGAGCUCUUCUUUAAAUAUGUCAGACGCCUCUUGAGGGAAAGGUGGGAAAAAUUAAGGGUAGUUAUUGAACAAAAUAAUGUCUUCACCGUGGCCAAGUUUCCUAGGGCCUAUUGUACUUUCACUAAUGAGUCAUCUGAAACAUACCCUGGUUUUGCUUGGUUGAAGUGCCAGGAGGGCAUAGGAGAUUGUGAAAGUUAUCUGGGAAAAUUGAAGAUCAUUGGAAGGGGAGGGAAGAGAUUUGGUGGUGGUCCAGAGUAUGCUAGGCUUAGCAUGUUGAGCAGUGACGCUGAGUUCAAUGAAUUCUUAAUGAGGCUGUCAAAUGCUAAAAGAGAACGUGAUUUGAUGUAUUGA